AGCAAACAACAGUUAUGGCACAAAUUAACGUAUUCGAUGAGAUAAAUACAAUCGAAAGAGAGAUAAAAUUAUAUAAUAAUAAACGUUCCUCUGGUGAUUUCGACAUGACUAUAAAAGAACACAAACAACUUUUCAUGAAUGUUUCGUCGCAUUUUAAAACACAACCUAUUGAAAAUAGAUUAAACGAUGAUCUAACGAAAUUGCAGAGUGUUACGAAUAAAAUCCAUAAAAUGGUUGAACAACAAAAACAAGAGACAGAUAAUAUUAUAUCUAUGACAGAAAGACACAUAAAUAUAACAAAACACUUACAAGAGAAGCUAGAUAAUGUACAAGCACAAGUGGAUUAUACAAACGUAUUGAGUACCUAUAGAGACUGGAUUGGGGAAUUCUUGCGUGAGGUGGUGCGAAAGAUGAAACUUAAAAGUUUGGAUGAAUUUAUUCAGAUACUUCAUAAUAAAUGGUUUCUUGAAGAUCAGGAAGACGAAGAAAGCGAGACUGAGGAAAAUGAAGAACAGGGAGACGAAGAAAGCGAAGUCGAGGAAAAUGAAGAACAGGAAGACGAGGAGGACGAGGAACAGGAAGAAGACGAUAAUAUUCUUACUGAAUUAAAAAUAAUUUUAGAAAAAGUUGGCUUAACGUUAUUAGACUUUAAGAAGUUGUUAAAAAUGAGGGAAUUAAGUAAUACCAAAUUUCAUAAAACCGAUCUAAAUCAAACACCGAAGGAAGCGAAAAAGCAAUUACACGAUACCGACUUUCCUGGGGAUAUUGCAGACAUUAAGGUUCCACUGGAGAAAGCUUUAGAUGCUUUAACACUUUGGACGAAAAAUAAAAAACGACGAAAUAAGCAAAAUAAGCGGAAAAAAUAAAUAAAUUAAGAAUUUGCUUUAACAGAACUUUUUUUUCACCAUUCUAUUUAUAAAUGGAUAUUGUAUGCUUUUAGCGAGCCAUCUCAUUUUUAAACAAUUAUUUUUAUAUAAC